GUCACUGGCCCAUUCCAUCGGCCAGGAGACGAUACCGGUUCCUCUAACUAAGAGGGGAGAUGUCAACGCGAGUCUAUAAGCAAGUUCCAUCAGCUGGAAAGUUGUUUAUUGAUUUGUUUGAAACCUAAAUUUGUGUUGUUGCAAAGGAAUAUACUGUGAAAAUACCAUAUAAUGGAAAAUAGUGAGGAAGAUUUAAUGAUAAUAUUAUCUGGAUUACUUGCAUUGAUUUAAGAUUUCUGUUAUGGAUAACACACCUUCUUGGGUUAAACAUUUCGAGGAGAAUUAUAAACUCGCCAAAACCAAUGAAGCUGACUUUCCGUUCAAAGAUUCAGUAGCCAAUUCGACGAAUGAUGCUGAAACACAGCCGAGGCAACUUCAUCACAGCCAAACAUAUGCGGGAGAACUUUCUGGCCGGAAACUAUCAUCGAGUCAAAUAAUACCUAGAGUUCACACUGCUCAGUCGGAUUUAAAUUGCUCAGUAUCAGAAGACGAAAAGAGAGUGAAAAAGAGACGUCGGAGGCGACAGAUCGAAGAAACUUCUGGGUAUAGUACAACCUCCCUCAGCGAGGUCUCAGAAGUAGAGAGCCCAAAAAGACGCGCCAAUCGACGUCCAAACCAAAACAGUCCCAGCCGACGACAGGAAAAUUUGUCGGAAGAUGGGAGAUAUAGUGCUGCUCAACAAAGGAGAAGGGACAAUCUUUCAGACGAUCGAAGUCGUGUUAGCAAGACUUCAGACACGUCUAAACGUGAGGAAACAAGGAGAAAUAGCCAAACUUCGACAUUUUCAAAUACAAAAAGAGACUGUGAUAGGGCAUUGGUUCGAAACAGCCGCAUUCGUUCUACAACAGACAGCUUAGCUAGUGCACAUAGUAAAACAAGUGUCCAUGAUAUCAAUCAAAGACGUAUAAGUUCCACUUCUUCUAGACUAGAUAUUCAGUCCUUGGCCAACAGGAAACUGUAUGGUUCGAGAGAAACAUUAGACCCAUUUGCUUUCAUCCAACCUGCACCAGAGCCAUUUGGACGUAAGGUUCGCAAAACCUGUCGUCCAAUAUUUGGAAUGUGUGUUAUGCUUAUUCUUGCUGCCAGUUUAGGAGCUGCGAUAUAUUUUGCAGUAGAAUUGAAAAAAACACAUGAAAAUGAAAUCGAGAUGCUUCGUGCCAAUUUAGCUUUGAAAAUCAAGAGCAGCAAUUUUGAUGAGAGCCUUGAAAAUCUUUCAUCAAAUGACUUUAAUAACAUCGCACUGGCGUAUUGCCAACAGAUGGAUACGUUUUACAAGAAAAGUCAGUUUGAAUCCACGUAUCGUGGAUGCGAGGUUUUGUCCAUAAAAGAUAAGCACAUCAAUUUUACCUUAUUUUUCGUGGAAAAAGACGCCUCAAAGAGGGACAUAAUAUCUGUGAUAGAAACAUCAGCUCCAAAAGUCAACACAACAUCAUCAAACAUAGCACUGGUUGAUAGAUUUGAAAUAGAAUUAGAUGAAGUUAAAAUUAAAAUUGAACGAGAAAGAACACCAGUAGGUUUCAAUAAAAUACAAGAAAAACCCACUACUCAAAAACCUACCACUGUUAAACCUUCCUCAAGCACUGUGCACUCUACAAAACCUACAACUACCCAACCGUCAUUAACGAAUGCAACGUCAUCGACAGAGAGCGUGACUAACAUAACAACAUCUUCCACCACCAAGAAAUUAACAACAACCUCAUCUGUUAAUCAGAGUACUGAAAGUAUUGUGUCUGUGGAAGCCACCAGGGAAAUGUUACUUGCUUGGGAUCCCUGUUCACUUCAAGACGGAAGCUUUUACAGACAUCCAACCGACUGCAAUAAGUAUUUCCAGUGUGAACACAAAAAGUCAAUACUACAAACCUGCACUGGAGAAUUGGUGUUUGAUGCUUCAUCAAACAACUGCGUCCAUGACAGACCAGGAAUGGAAUGUCCAGACCCUGACAAAGCUCCUCCCAAACCCCCAGGUUACAAACCCGCCAGUCCUAAAACUACCACUACCCAAGUGACAACUUCUCCAUCCCCUACGACCACUACAGACACAGUAUUCACCAGCAAUCAAACAAGAUCUGUCUACCCCGGAAGACCCAAGUAUGAACGAGAACCCUGUUUAAAAGCAAAAGCUGGAACUCUUCACCCUCAUCCCGAUGACUGUAAAAAGUUUAUACAAUGUAUCAGCCUUAACAAGGGCCAAGAACUCACAUGUGCCAUGAACCUGGUUUACGACCCAGAUGCUCAAACGUGUAUCUACCCAAAGAACGACUUAAUCUGUCCGGAUAUUCUCCCUUGCUUACAGAAAAGCAAUGGCUACUUUGCUCAUCCGUUCAAUUGUAGUUUAUAUAUACAGUGCGAGUCCGGUCAGGAGAAAAUUCAGACGUGUUCGCCUGGACUAAUAUGGGUUCCGUCUGUCAAUAGUUGUAUGUAUCCAACGGACAGUAACUCCUGCAAGGAUGAGGCCUCGUGACAAAUCAUUUUUUUUUCCAAAGGGAGACUAUUAUUAUAUUAUUAAUCACAUUUUGUUAUGUUGUUAUCAUCUUUGUGACUAUUUAUCAAACAGUGGUAUAUAUAUUUAUCAUUUGAAAUGUACCCCUGAUUUAUGUUGUUUACUGUAUUCCUACAUAGGAAUAAUAAACUUGUUGACAAAAACACCAA